AUGACUUGUGAUGAAUGCUACUCAUGGUUAGAAGUAACAGCAGUAAUACAUGUGAUUAUCCUAGCUGAGUGUCAUUAUGAUUUGAUUAUGAUAACUUUGGACCAAUACAAUAAUCCAAUCCAAUAUCAUGAUCUACUAUUACUAAAUAUGUCUGUCUUGUAUCUAUUCAACGCUAUUUUAACUGAAAUUGAUAUGAUAGAUGUUGACUAA